UCUGCCCAAGGGACGGACGGAAGCGGAAGGAAGAAGCUGAAACGAAAGGAAGUGGAAAGGGCCCCGUCGGAAGAUGGAGGAGGAGAAAGGAGAGAGCACCGUCAGACACUAUGAAGCUCUCCACUGCAGCAUGAGAUGCUUCUGUUUGUCUGCUCCCCCCAUGAAGCCAGAAAAAGGUGGUGAUAGCGGCGGCUGCGACCAUGGUGGUGGUGGUGGUGGUGAUGAGGAAGCGCCGAGAGAGGCGGCUGCCGUGAAGAAGCACGGUGGAUGGAAAUCUAUGCCGUUCGUUAUAGGGAACGAGACGUUCGAGAAGCUGGCGGCGUUCGGGCUGAUGGCGAACUUCAUGGUGUACCUUGUGAACAAGUUCAAGAUGAAGCAAGUCUACGCCACCAACGUCCUCAACAUCUUCUCCGGCACCGCCAACUUGGCCCCUCUCGCCGGCGCCUACCUCGCCGACGCCUACCUCGGCCGCUUCCGCACCUUGGCCUUCGCCUCGCUCGCCUCCCUCGCUGGCAUGGUGGUGCUAACUCUAACAGCGUUACUCCCACAACUACGACCCCCCGAGUGCAGCCACGAUGACGCCGGCGCCGGAGGAUGCGCCGGACCGUCUCGGAUGCAUCUCGGCGUCCUUUUCACGGCGCUGGCUCUGCUAACAAUCGGCGCCGGCGGCAUCAGGCCUUGCAACGUAGCAUUUGCAGUGGAUCAGUUCGAUGCUGCGAGCGAGAAGGGGAGGAAGGAUAUCAACACCCUCUUCAACUGGUACUACUUCUCCUUCACAAUCUCCAUGAUGGUAGCGCUCACUCUCGUGGUUUACAUACAAGACUCCGUGAGCUGGUCGCUGGGCUUGGGGAUCCCAGCACUUCUGAUGCUCUUCUCCAUCAUCGUCUUCUUCCUCGGCACCAAAAUGUACGUCAUGGUGGAGCCUGAGGGCAGCGUUUUUACCAGCAUUCUCCAGGCGCUGGUGGCCUGUUACAGGAAGCGCCACCUUGAUGUGGAGAAGGCCGUCUACUUUGACCCGCCGUCUUCCACACCGAAGUACGUUCUUACUGCUAAUCUCAGGUUUCUGAACAAAGCUGCCAUUGUGGUUUCAGAAGCUGAGAUAACACCAGAAGGAUCGGCAGCCGAUCCUUGGAGACUUUCCUCUGUGCAGAAAGUGGAAGAACUGAAAUGCUUGGUGGGAAUUUUCCCCAUCUGGAUCGCUGGUGUGCUUUGUUUCAUACCAGCGGCUCAGCAGGGCACUUUCUCAGUUCUGCAAGCCCUCAAAAUGGACAGACGCCUUGGCACAGGCAGCUUCCAAAUCCCCCCUGGUUCGCUUGGUGUCUUCUCCUUGCUUGCUGUUACACUGUGGAUCCCCAUUUACGACAGGCUCAUAGUCCCAGCGGCAAGAAACAUCACAAAUCAAGAAGAGGGCAUAACUCUGCUGCAGAGAACGGGGAUAGGGUUGGUUCUAUCCGUUCUGUCGAUGUUGGUAUCGGCCAUGGUGGAAAGAAAGAGAAUACAUGCAGCUCUGCUUCACCCAGACAUCAAUGGAGUUGCACCAAUCUCUGUCCUGUGGUUAGUGCCCCAGUGUGUGAUACUUGGUCUAGCUGAAGCCUUUUACGCCAUAGGACAGAUUGAGCUCUACUACAAAGAGUUCCCUGAUCACAUGAAGAGCUUCUCCGGUUCACUUCUGAACUGCGCGUUUGCCUUGUCGAGCUACCUUACAAGCCUUUUGGUGUCUCUGGUUCGUAGCACUACAGCAACUGCAAAGAGUGGAGGGAAGAGCUGGUUGGAAGAUGACAUCAAUAGAGGAAGAGUCGAUUACUAUUACUACCUUCUCGCAGUAUUGGGAGGCUUCAAUCUCCUCUACUUCUUGAUUGUUUCCAGUAGAUACGAGUACAAGGCUACCGCACGAAAAACUGACGUUAAAAUAAUGGGUGCUCAGAAAGGUGAAGACGAAGACGGAAAAGAAAAUUGCUGAAACCUUAGUAAAUGAGAUGCUCUGCAUUUUCUUGCACCCAUGGAAAGGAAACAAGCCACUUUCGGUGGCAGUCAACCACAUGAAAUUUGAUUUGAGCAGCAUAUUAGGUACAGGUUUUGGUGUAAUAUACAUGCAUGCGCAUGGAAAUUAAUAGAAGAAAACUAUUUGCCAACACAA